AUGGAGCAUCCCUCUGACUCUGAGGACCCUGCUCAGCCGCACACUGACGCCGACAUCCCAGGAGUUCUUCACAAUUCACUUGCUGCUGAGCCCAACAACACAGCUGAGGAUGCAGAGGCCUGGGCGGACAACGUCGCCUCGGACAGCAAGAAGUCGUCUCUCUAUGCCACCGCGCCCAGGUCAAAGAGCAAAGAACUCAGCUACUCGGAGUUGGACCUCCGUAAGCCCAGGAGAUUUGCCACCUUUUCCUUUGGUCUGAAAAAGAGGAAGAAGAAGGAUGAAGAGAAUCUCUCUAAGAGCACGUUUGGUCUUCAUAGUCCAGCCAUCGAUGAGCAAGAGGAGACCACCAUGGACCUCAGUCAGAUGGAACUGGAUCAGGCCAACGUGAAGACAAUGUUCAUGUUCUCUCAGCCGGAGCUCGACACCUGCAAAAAGUUCGACAUCCCUUCUCCUCCCCCUGUGGCCACAAACCAGUCGGAGUCAUACUUCACUAUCCCUGACCAAUCAGAGUCAGUCGUCACUGUGAACACCCAGAAAGAAUCUCAGGAGCCUCCGAACGUCUCUGAUCCUUUCGAUGUGAAUGAGGAUUUACCGAAAGCACCAAUAGCUUCCAUUCCUGAGCUCCAGCUAGAUGACAAGAAUAUUUCCGCUCUCGACAUCUCGCCCAGAACUGACGCCAAAUCACCUGCUCCUUUGACGGACGGGAUCUCUGUUGCUGAUACCCAGAAUGCACCGGGCCUCUCAGCCAGUCGGCCUCCGGACACGCCGCACACCUCAGAUCAAAAUGCAGCAGUUACAGAGUCAGUCAGCGAAACCAACGGCCCUUGUGAUAAUGAUGUCCUCCAGCAGUCUCACACAAAAACAGAAGUCUCUCCUCCAGAAUACACCCGAGUUCCAUUAUCACAUCAUCAACCUGAAGCCUCUGACAGUACGACUCAGAGCGCCCACUCCAAAACCGAUGCUACAUUUACAGAGUCGACCCUCGUUCCUCGCACCGACGACUCUGCUCCGAGCACAGAUUCUGCCACCAUCCCUGAAGAAGUCUCGGUUUCUCACACUGAGAGAUCUUCGUUUCCCGAGGCUGCCAAAAGUGUCACCGCAGCCUGGGCUGAUGGCAGCGGGAAGCGUCCCGGUCAGGAUGUGGUUUACGAAGCGCUGUACGAGUCACUUUUCCCUCAGAGUUUCACCUCAGAGGUAAUGUCAUCCCACUCGUAUCCUCCUCCUCCUCCUCCUCUUCAAAUCCACACCGAGAGGAAACACGUCAACACCAAAUUGGAGCCUGUCAUGGUUAAAACCCUGAAUGAAUGUCACACAGAAACUAAUGUUAUCUACUCUCACCUGUCGUCGUCACAUGAUCACAGAUUGGAUGAUGCACAAAGUAGAUAUACCAACACACAUGUCAACCCUAACGACUUUCAAAUGGACGCAAACAUAUAUCGUACUUCCUCUCUCUGCUCGGCUUCGGAACCGGUCGUUAAAGACAUUCCUUAUUCGGAUUUGACCCGUUCUCUUUCACACGUGAGAUCAGACGGCUUCGGCCUCAUCCAUGACACAGUCAGGUCAGUCCCCGUGGUUCAGAACCCUCCCCCACCGGUUUCCGAAUAUGCAUCAUCCCAUGGGGCCGAGAGUCGGGUUACUGACUCUAAACAGAGAGUGAUCCUGGUCAAAGAGUUAGUCACAGAGGAAGUGAGCGCUGACUCCGGCUGUGCCUCUCCUGUCCUGGACAGAAUGAGCGCAAUCAAAAGUCUGAAUCAAGAGAUUUAUCAAGAGAUAACAAUCGAAACACCAGAGUUUUCUUAUGCUGCUUCUGGUUCAGGACCGACGGAGGGGAGCGAAGGGCCUUUGAGCCCAGCCUAUCUGAGUGUGGGAUCCGAUGAUGGCAGUGUCAUGGAGGUGUACUACAGCGCCGAGGAGAACAACGAGGAGGAGAGCGGGGAAGAAGAGAUGUACACGGUGGACGAAAAACCGGAGGUAGACGGUUUAAAAGAGAGGGAAUGGGAAGAAGUCAUAGAGAGAGGGAGAAGCAAGAGAGAUGAGGGAGAAUUCAGGGUGGUGAUAGUUAAAAUGCAGAGCGAGGAAGGCAACGAGGACGACGAUGGAAACAAAGUGGAUCUCAUCAGACCAACUGAAGAGCAGCAACAACCGAGAGGUCACAUGGAGGAGACUCAAGUGCGAGAAAGUGAGACGUCUGACUUAUUUGUAAGCAGUGAUGCAAAGAGGCAGGAGACAGAAGUAUCAACCGCAGCAUUGCCACAGAUUGAGGAGGAGGAGGAGGGUGAGGAGGAGGAGGGUGAGGAGGAGUUACUGGCCACACCGGUUCGGCAGGUGAUGGAAUGCGAGCUGGCUCCACCCUCAAGUGAGCCACCGCAUGUGCAGGGGGAGUGGUCUGAUCGAAACUGGACCAGGGACUUGGAAACAGAAGACCACCUCAACGAAGAGAAGCAGCUCCUGAGCCAGGAGCCACGAUAUCAGGUGUACGAAGACGUCAGGAGUCGUGGGUGUGAACCUGCUGCUCCCAGCAACACGGGGGAGGAAGAUGUGAUCACGUCCACGUGCAGACAGGAACAAGUUUCACCGUGUGAGGACGAGAGAGGAGAGGCUAGCAUAGAAAUCAACAGCAGUGUCAUCGCAGAUCCCUCAGCUGGAGCAGAGGUUCUCACUGGCAUUUCGACGCAAAGCACCGAGCUGCGAUCGAACGCCACAGAGAUAGAGCACAAUAGGGAUCAGCAGAGUAGUGAGUGGGAGGAUACGAUUACAGGGAGCGCGGACAAAAAGAGGACAGUGCAAGAACAGGUGGGAGUCGAGCUGUCAACCCUGACUGAAGACACACACCGGCCUGACAGUGAACCUGAAGGGGCGUUCUCUGAGGGACACGAGCCUCCAUCAGAAGGAGAGCCUGACCUGGAUCCAGGGUCCCCGACGGCUUCGAAGACAGACGCAGCAGCUUCAGAGAGUCCGAAGACAAACGCCGACCAGGACACGUUUGACAAAAUGAGUUCAGGCUACAGCAGCCUGAGCACCAAACUGACCUCAAGGAACUUGUAUCCCCUGGAAGAGGACGAAUCCCAACAGCGUUUCCAUAAAGUGUCUCUGAUUACUGAGGCUGACGGCCGUGGACAGGACAGGGUGGACUCAAUGGAGUCAAAUGGAGGAGACGUCGACUCGGAGUACAUGUGGAAAAAUAGAUUUGAGGGUGUUUCUCAGUAUCGACCAUACAAGGUACAGGAUCUCAUUUUUUCUGACUCUCAGAUUUACACAACUUCUGACACUUAUUCCAGCACCUCCUCCUCCUCCUCCGCUUUCCCCGAGGCUACAGUGUACAAACAUCUAAGCGACACACUCUCCUCCACCGCCUCCUCCCCCGCUCCGGAGGAACGCUUUACUCUGAGCAACAGGCUCAGAGACGAGACCCAGGUCUACCUGAGCCAUGAGAGCGAGUCAGCGGGGGAAGCCAAAGAUGAGUGGAGGAGGAGCGUGGUGGAGCGGGAGGAGCCUGCUGCACCUGCGAGUGAAGGAGAGAGACAGAGAGAGGGAGAGGCAGAGAGAGAGUCACGCUGGGACUCACAACACCUCCCUGUGUCCGGCUUCUCCUCGGCCCUUCACACCAGCCACAUCGACGGUUUCACACAAGACGACGACGAGUCCUCUGAGUUCACCGGAUUGUUUAAAGCCACACUGGUGCAGCUGGACGGCGAACCCACGGCUCCUCUGCCCACUCCCCCCGCCUCCCCUGACACAGACUCCUCCAACCAGCUGGAGAUGGACAACCUGGUGGACACCCUGAAGAACAUGGGACCCUCCUUCAGGCCCAGGUGCACUGGCCUGCGCCCACCUGCCCCGGCCCUGAUGUCCUCGCUGCCUCCCAUUGUCGAGGAUGCUCCCAGCCCCAUCACCCCUGACAUCCCUGCCUCCCUCACCAGCCCCGUGAAAAAGAUGGAAUCCAACGGCACCGAUUCGCUGGAUGGGAUUUUCACUCUGCCUCCCGAUCUGGGACUGAAGAGGCACCCCAGAGACACUCGAUCACCACUGGAGCUGCUGAAGACCCAGCAGGACCAGCAGCCAGGAACACGAGGCCUGAACUUGCCCCUGAGAGCAUCAGCUGCCAACAGUAUUGUUUUAAGAAGAUCCUCUGACUCUUCCCUAGAGGACUUAAAAUCCCCCAUGCUUAAUGGAAAUGGAAUAUCUCCGCCGUCCAACACAGGCUCUCGCCUCGACAACAGUAUCAUCUAUGGAAGCUACAGGUCAUCGACCAUAGAUCAGACAACGGAGAACGAAAAAGCCCAUCGUCCACUCUUCCGCACCAGCUCGCUACCAGACACUGGGCCUUUAAGCGAUCGCCUGAGUAUGGGACAGAAGGACCUCGGUGACCUCGCAGGGUCCCGCUUUGAGCGCUUCUCCUUCCUUGCGAACUCAUCCUCCUCGUCAGGCUCCUUGACCGGAGCAGAAGACUUGAACGGCCGCAUGAGUCGGCCUCCGCCGCCCAGCUUCGGUUCCCCACCCUCCAGUAACAGUCCCACCCGCCUCCUCAGCCCCACGGGCUCCAUAGACCUUCACAGGCCGUUCACCACCACAGACUCUGCCCUAUCCAUGUUUGGCCAGACACAGGGGAUGGGUGUCGGUGCUGGGACAGCUGCCCCCCCCCUCCUGCAGAGGAGCCUCAGCAGCGACGGCACCAUGGGGGUCCAGCAGACGUCACGGUUCAACAACGUGCAUGGAGGGUCUCUGUUCCAGAGCAAAGAACCUGAGCCUGAGAGGAAUCAAGUGUCAAAAUACAGAGCCUUCCCUGAUGCCUAUCUCACAAAGGAGAAGGAGCACGGGAAGCUCAACCCUCGUCCUGGAAAGAUGUAUAUUUUUGACCGACCGGGGAUGUGCGGCCAGAGGAUCGAGGUGCGCAGUGAUGUCAUCGACGCUACGUCCUGGGAUCUGCAGGAGAUCAUCUCCAUCAGGGUCGUCAGAGGAGGAUGGGUGAUGUACGAGAAACCCAACUUCAAAGGGGACAAACUUGCCCUGGACGAGGGCGACAUCGAGCUCUCCAGCCCCUUCAGCCCCCCCGAGGAGCAGCUGCAGAACGGACAGAAGGAGGAGGAGGGGGGCAAGGAGCAGAACGGAGAAACGAGUGAUGAGCCGACGGAGAGCACGCCGGCAAGGAGGUUCAUCAUCGGAUCUCUGCGACGAGCCGUCAGGGAUUACAGCGUCCCAGAAAUCAGUCUUUUCCCGGAGGAAAACGCAGAGGGGAAGAAAGUCAUCUUCAGAGACACCUCUGAUGAUGCCAGGAUUUUUGGCUUCCCCAUUAAGGCCAACUCUAUCAUCAUUAAUGCUGGACUAUGGCUUGUGUACGCGCAGCCCUUCUUCCAGGGCGUACCACGUGUCCUGGAGGUGGGGGGUUACUCCAACCCGGCAGCCUGGGGCGUAGAACAUCCUUACGUGGGAUCCUUGCACCCGCUCAAAGUAGGAGAACCAAGAGUGGAAAAUCUGAGCGAACCAAAGUUGAUGAUCUUCGAAAAGCCGUACUUCUGUGGGAAGUCGAGGACGAUAAACAGCAACAUGAGAGACUUCAUGACCAGAGUAGACAGGCAGCAGACAGCCUUCAUGUACAGUGUGGGCUCCCUCAAAGUGCAGGGAGGAAUCUGGGUGGGCUAUGAGAAGGACGGUUUCCGAGGCCACCAGUACCUGCUGGAGGAGGGGGAGUACCAGGACUGGAGGGUGUGGGGAGGCCGCGAUGCCGAGCUGCGCUCCGUGAGGGUGAUACAAGCAGACCUGACUGAACCCAUGAUGGUGAUGUUUGAGCAGCCAGAGGAGGAACAGGAGAACAUGCAGGAGGAGAGCACCUUCGAGGUGACGGAGGCCAUUCCUGACGUCGAGCUGUUCGGCUACAAAACGUCCACGCGCUCCAUCCACGUACUCAGCGGGGCAUGGGUCGCCUACUCCCACGUGGACUACUCCGGUGACCAGUACAUCUUAGAGAAAGGUUUCUACAACAACAGCGCUGACUGGGGCUCUGAGGACACUCGCAUCUGCUCAGUGCAGCCCAUCCUCCUGGCUCCGAGUGACAACUCAAGGACCCGGAACCAGCUCGUUCUAUACUCUGAGCCAGAUUUCCAGGGCAAGUGUGACGUCUUUGACCGCAACCAGGAAGCGCUGUCAGAAAAAUUCCUGACCAAGUCGUGCCGAGUGGCCGGUGGAAGCUGGGUGCUCUAUGAGAACGAAAAGCACUCUGGGAACUUGUACGUCUUACAUGAAGGAGAUUACCCCAAUUUAAUCAGCAUGGGCUGUCCCCCCAGCUGCAGCAUCCGCUCUGUCAAGGUCGUGCCGACGACGUUCUCGGUUCCCUCCCUCUCUCUGUUUGGCCUCGAGUGUCUGGAGGGCAGAGAGAUCACCACGGAGACGGAGAUCAUCAGCAUGGCUGGCGAGGGCUUCAACAACCACAUCCUGUCGGUCAGGGUCAACAGUGGCAGUUGGGUGUUAUAUGAACACAGCCACUACAGGGGGCGCCAGUUCCUCCUGGAGCCCAUCGAAAUCACCAACUGGCCAAAGUUUAGCUCGCUGUGUACGAUUGGCUCAGUGUAUCCAGUCAGACAGAAGCGUCAGUUUUUCCGCAUCAAGAACGCAGAGAGCGGCCACCCCAUGUCCGUCCAGGGUGGCGUGGAGGAGAUGAAGUCAGGACGUGUGGUGGUGACGGCAGAGGUGGAGCCGAUGACUGACAUCUGGUUCUAUCAGGACGGAUUCAUAAAGAAUAAGCUGUCCAAGACCAUGAGUCUCCAGGUGAUGGGCAAUAUAGAGCCGGCAGCCAAGGUGGUUUUGUGGUCAGAGACCCGGCAGCCGAUCCAGACCUGGGUGACCCAGAUGAGAGGCCUCAUCACCAACCUCACUUUCCCCGGCAUGGUCAUGGAUGUUAAAGGUGGAAAAACGUACGACAAGGACCAUGUGGUGAUCAUGCCAGAGAAUGACGAGAGGCCGAGCCAGCAGUGGGAGAUAGAGCUGCUAUAAUAAACCAUUUUCCUCUUUGCUCCGUUAAGCAGUGCAUCAACAGUGCCUUUCCUUUUAGCUGCAAAAUAUUCCCUUAACAUUUUGCGCAGUGGGAACCGGCUGCUGUCACUGUCCAUUUAUUUAGGUGCCUGUAUUUUUGUCUGAACUCCCAUGAUCCAUGUAACAAGUGUAAACACAAACAAUACGAGGCCGGAGUUCUGAUGAAUCCACUUUCUCCGAGUCAGAUCAACAAACAAAAAGACGUGUCAGUGUCUUAUCGACCUGCUGCGGCGAUUCGUGUCAUCCGGAGUCAAAAAGCAAAAAUUGAAUGUAUUUUUCAGGAUGUACUGAGCUGCUGCUGCACAAACUGAGCACGGACUCACCAACUCUCUUGUAUCCAGAGAUCAAGAGCACAGUUUGACCUCCACGACUUUGACCUUUAAUUUGUAUAUUCAAACCUGUAGAAUGUCCCUGUUCAUAUGUCCCCAGACUCACUCUAAUGUCCUUCAUAACUGUGUUUACAAUGUAGAAGAAGCAGGUUUUAAUAACGUUAUCUUACUUCUGAUACUUUCUACAGACGCCAAAAGGAUGUGUAACAUGCAAGAAAUGCAUGAUCCGCUUUUAAAGGUUAUUUUUAUAUACUGUACAUGUAUCUCUGAUUGUUUUGUGGGAAGUGUUGCAGUUACGUAUGUAUACAGACAGAAUAUCACAUUGUCAGUGCGACUAAAUGGGUUUUAUGUGUUUAUUUUCUGUCCAGUUUCUCUGUUUUCUUGUUUUUAUUCUCUUUUUGUUAUCAGCUGUUAAUAUUUGAUACUAAAGAUAUAAUGUGAAAUGUGAUGUUGGGGAUUGGUUUAAAAUAUUGAAAACAAAAAUAAACAAAUUAAAAACAAA